AUGCCGGGGGGCGGAGGGCCAGGAGGAGGAGUUGAUAUGGGUGGUGGUCCCGGAGGAGGCAACAGACGGAGGAUGCAGCAACAACCGACGUAUGCGCAAUACCAGCAGUACCAGCAGUAUCAGCAGCAGCCCAUGUAUCCAAACUACAUGAACCCCUACGCCCAGCCGACGCCAUACUACCAUCAGCUGCCGCAUCAAUAUCAGACUGGAGGCAUGCCCUCUGGCUACAUGCACUAUCAGCAGCAGCAGCCCUAUGUGCGGUCACCACAGGCGAUGCCUCAACCUCAAUAUGUCCCCAUGGCCGGCGUGAGCGUUCCCCAGCCGUACUCGCAACCAUCGCCUGCUCUAUCAACGCCCUAUCACCCGCCUCCCGUCCCCGCUGCCAAUCCUGUGCAGACGCCGCCUCCACCCCCGCCUCCACCUGUUGAACCUACGCCGGAGCCUUCCGUCGUCACACCCUCUGUAGUAGCUUCCUCGGUCGUAUCCUCAUCAGUUGUCACACCAUUUGCCGAGCCAUUCCACCCUUCGGCGCCCCCUGCCCCUGUACCUGCUACGCAGAGUCCAGAGCUUCCCCAAGAUGUGAAGGAAUUCCGCGCACCGCUCCCAUGGACACCGCCCGAUCAAGCACCGUUCCCUAGAAGGGCUCCUAAGUCAAGACGACGAAGACGAUUGAUGAGCGCGAAUGCCCAGAAUCUGACGCUGCCUGUGGAGCAGCAUGAAGGCGCCCUGGAGUCGGCUACCAAAACCGGCGCGGAUGACGGUUCAAAAGCAAAGGCUGAUUCUAAGAAGGCGGCGCCCUGGAGCUCCAAGGAUACCGACUCUGAGAGCGCGACUCUGAGAGCAGACUCCCUGACGUCUGAAACUCCUAAGGAGAGUGACAGGUCGGCGACUAGCGUCUCGAACAUGGGUAGCCCGAAGGUGAAUGCGCCAGUAUCUGAGGUUCCCAGAGAGAGUGUCAGAUCAACGGCGAGCAAUUCCACCGUGUCGGCGUCCCGCCCUGCAGUACCCGUCGUUCCGGUCGUCCCAGCUCUUCCAAAGAGCAGCCCCAAGGAGACCAAGCCGGCAAGCAUCAGCCAGUCAGCAGAAGAAUCCAAGCAGCCUGCUUCUCAGGAGGCGAAGACCGAUGGGGCGACAGAAGGUACGGAUGUCGCUGGUGCGGAGCAAGACAAGGCCGAGGUUCCAACGGCAGCUGCCGCCAAGGCGGCUCCAAAGUCGUGGAGUGGACUCUUCUCCGCUGCUGCGGCUGCGGCUGCUCCCAAGGCGCAGCCCAGCGUCAACGGUCCCGUUGCUCCGGUGGCGGCCAACGGUGCCUCCACGAAUGGCGAUGAUGUCGUCAACGGUGGUGCUUCCACUUUUCCCGCAGGGAACACAAACUCUUUGGCCGCUGCAAUUCAGGACUUCCGCGUUAGCAAUCCUGCCAAGGUUCAGUUCAUCGAGCCGAGAGGCCUGAUCAAUACCGGCAAUAUGUGCUACAUGAAUUCGGUUUUGCAAGUUCUUCUCUUCUGUGCACCAUUCUACAACUUUUUGGAUCAGGUCAGCAAGAAGGCUGUACACAAGUUCAAGAGCGAUACGCCCGUCAUAGAUGCCAUGAUUAUGUUUAUGAGGGAGUUCCGGGUCAUCGACUCGACUGAAUCAGUCGAGAAGUUGCGCCGAAAGCUUAAGAGCGAGCAGCUGGAGCACUACGGCGAAUCCUUUAUUCCCGAGUUUGUGUACAAGGCUAUCCAGCCUCUCCCGGCGUUUGCCAGCAUGAGACGCGGACACCAGCAAGACGCUCAGGAGUUCCUGGGUCUGAUUUUGAACGCCAUUGAUGAAGAAUGUGCCCAGGUAAUGUCGACGAAUGGACCGACCAACGGGGCCGCUGAAACCCGGCCUACCUCCUCCGCCGCCAGCGUUGUUGAGUCUAACGAUGGCGCGGAUGGAUGGUUUGAAGUUGGAUCUAGACAGAGAGCAGUCGAGACGCGCUCGUCCGGAGCCAGCUCGACGACGCCAAUCACUCGGUUGUUCAGUGGACAAUAUCGAUCAGAGCUUCGCCGUCCUGGUGUGAAGGACUCGGUUACUACCGAGCCCUUUCAAUCUCUCCAGCUGGAUAUUGGUGCUCCUUAUAUCCAGAACGUUGUCGAUGCAAUCAAGGGUCUGGCGGUGCCUGAGAGGCUUCAAGGCGAUGUUGCUCCUAUGACUAAGCAGACCCUGAUUGAGACUUUGCCGCCGAUUCUCAUUCUUCACCUGAAGCGCUUCAAGUUCGACACCGAAGGGACGACCAAAAUCGGCAAAAAGGUCGGAUACCCUCUUGACCUGCAGCUGCCAGCGGAAGUACUUUCGAAGAGAAGACGCAACGCCCUUGUUUCCGAGGGUGUCGGCAUGCCCAAGUAUAGGCUGAUCGGUGUCGUCUACCACCACGGCAAGCAAGCUAACGGGGGUCACUAUACUGUGGAUGUGCGACGGCAAGACGAAAACGAGUGGAUCCGGCUGGACGAUACGAUCAUCCGGCGUGUCCGCAGCGAAGACGUGGCCGAAGCUGGUGCGGAGGAGGAGGCCAAGGAUACCGGUCGAUCGGGCCCUGCCUCGCGCGACGCAUCAACCAACCGCUUCGGUGCCAUGGCAGACGAUGACGAGGGCGAUGAUUGGAAGGAGGUCACCACCUCUGCCAAGGGCGGUGAAAAGGGUGGCGAGAAGAAGUGGAGCGCCGUCGCCAACGGCAAUGGCACCGCAUCCAAGGGGAAGCCGGCCAAAGACAAUAUCAAGGAUAACAAGGUUGCCUACCUGCUGUUCUAUCAACGGGUCUGA